CCGCAGCCCCAGCCAGUGCCCCGCCAGGAAACCAGAUGAAGCACAUCUGGACAGCUGUGCUGAGAAAGUUUGUGGGCCCCUUCCAGGCCUGCCACCCGCAAGGCACGUCCCCCACGUAGCCUCCUGCUAGCCAAUUACUACUUAAUUUUUUCCCCCAAGAAGCAAUCAGCAACCCACGCUUGAGUCUUUUUCUAACCCCCAUGUGAGGCGAGGCCACAUCACAUUCAACACGUUUAAUUUUCAUGGGGCUUUGCGAUAAAAAGAACAGAAACAGCAACCAAAGCUCAGCUGCCUUCUGAUCCUAACUGACAAAGUGGGGAGAGUAAGGUGUGAGUAAACCUGGCCAAGCAGGGUCAUGGGGAGUUUCAAAGGUCAUGCUCUCCCUGGGACUUUCUUCAUCAUAAUGGGCUUUUGGUGGAGUACAAAGAGCGUUCUGAAAUCUGUCUACAAAAAGCAAACCCGAACCUGCUACCUUAAUUCUAAGACAUUAUUACGUCGGACAGAGAUUUGGGAAGGAGUUGUUGUGGUUUUAAUGGCUCUUUUUGGUAUAUCUGGGGAACAGUUUAUCUCAGGAGGACCCUCCUUCAUCUUGUAUAAAGAUGGCCAGUGGAACCAGAUCCUGGGCUGGCAUCACACAACCAUGUAUUUCUUCUUUGGGCUACAGGGUGUAACCCAAAUCUUAUGUUUCACUACUAAUGCACUUCCACUUUGCUUAAGCAAGUUAAUGUUAUCAAAUGCCAUCUUUGUGGAGACAUUUAUCUUCUACAACCACAUACAUGGUCGGGAAAUGAUUGACAUUUUUGUACAUGAACUUCUGGUCUUCGUCACCUUAUUUUCGGGUCUGCUUGCCUUCAUGGAGUUCCUCACAAAGAACAAUGCACUUCUGGAGCUCGUGCGGUCCAGUCUCGUCAUGUUACAAGGAACCUGGUUCUGGCAGAUUGCUUUUGUUCUGUACCCCCCUAAUGGAAGUGCUACAUGGAACCUGUCAGAUAUUGAAAAUAAGAUGUUUCUCUCAAUGUGCUUUUGCUGGCAUUAUGCAUCAAUCAUUGUCAUCGUUGGAGUAAAAUAUGCUUUGGUCCACUGGCUGGCAUCUGAGCCUCAUCUUCUUAGGGGCUGGGCAGUCUUCAGGAACAGUACCAGGAUGCAAGGAAAAACUCUCCUUCGUGUCAGCUCUCCUCCAAAGCCAACAGAAGACUACUGUCUCUUCCUGUUUCAAAAGCCUUCAGAUGCCUAAUAAAUGGCUUGUCCAUUUACAGGUUAGUUAAGUCUAGACUGAGGAAGGACUGCACCUCAGAAGUUGGACUCCUGAAACAUGCCGACCGUGAGCAAGAAUCAGAAGAAGAAGUAUGAUUUUGAUGAGCAUCUAGUCUUUCUAGAUAAGCCUUCUCAUUUUGCGUUGCCUUUGUUCACGGCUUUGUUUCUUGACCUUUUAUCUCAAGAACACUUGUCUGAGGCCGACUUCAUGCUGUUUGUACUGCCAGUUUUGUUAAAGUGUUGGACUUUAAGUAUCUUACUUUCAUCUCUGAAACAACCAUGGGUGAUAAAUUCACUUUGCAUAUUGCGCAUGCCAUGUAAUUCAAGAGCAAUCACAAUUUUUUCAUAAAGUUUAGUUUCUUGCCCAUUUAUAAAAAUUAUAUAUUUUAUUUUCCAGAUAGAUACUUUCAAGAUUUGUGGUCUUGCCUUCAUUGUAAUACAUUAAAUGUUGACUUGUACUUGUUUAUCUUGUUGCCGCAAUGGAAAAUAAAUGAAUGCAUGCACCUUGGUGCCGAAACCUCAAA